AUGACAGCCGAGACGAGGCAGUCAUCUCGCCUCAAGGCCCGCGAUGCAAUGUCACCCUCCACGGAGCCUGUACAGCCACAACCGCCACAGUCUAGGAAGCGAAAGCCAUCACUAGCAUCAUCGCCAGCUGUGGAAGAGCCCAGCACCCCGGCCAAGAAACGCAAUGGAGUGUUAUCGCCAUCUACACCUAUUGCUACUACUGCUGCUACCACCACUGGCGCUUCAAAUAAUGUCGAUUUCACGGAUGGUGCGAGUAAGAAGCCGCGGAACGCUACUGUCACCCGCCUAGCCGGCACCGACGUAUCCAACGCCACACUCCUCUCGCCAGAGUCAUCACGGAUUAUUGCAUCGCGAGAUGUCGAGACGCUAUCGCCAUCCAAGGCUCCAAGAAGCAAGUCUACGACGGCUAACAUACUGGAAGAAGCGUGCGAGUACCUGAUCCGUGUCGACGAGCGGAUGCGCCCCAUCGUCGAGAACAACUACUGCCGGGUCUUCUCGCCCGAGGGCCUAGCAGAAAAGGUAGACCCGUUUGACCGGCUGACGAGCGGCAUCAUAUCACAGCAAGUGUCUGGGGCGGCAGCUAAGUCCAUCAAGGCCAAAUUUGUGGCCCUAUUCCAGCAUCAAGAUACAGCCUCUACUGCUGCUGCUGCACCGACAGGAGAGGAGGAGGAAGAGGAAGAGGAGAAGAAUGCGAAGUCAGAGGCAGCCCGUUUCCCGCACCCGUCCGAGGUAGCGGGUUGCUCCAUAGAGCGACUACGCACGGCGGGCCUCUCCCAGCGCAAAGCGGAAUACAUCAAGGGUCUGGCGGAGAAGUUCGUGACGGGGGAGCUGAGCGCGCAGAUGCUGCACGACGCACCGUACGACGAGGUCCUCAAGAGGCUUAUCUCGGUGCGCGGGCUGGGCCAGUGGUCGGUCGAGAUGUUUGCGUGCUUUGGGCUCAAGCGGCUCGACGUCUUCUCGCUGGGCGACCUGGGCGUGCAGAGGGGCAUGGCGGCGUUUGUGGGCAGGGACGUGGCCAAACUAAAAUCAAAGGGUGGCAAGUGGAAGUACAUGCCAGAGAAGGAGAUGAAGGAGCUGUCGGAUCGGUUUGCGCCGUAUCGUAGUCUGUUCAUGUGGUACAUGUGGCGGGUGGAGGAGACGGACGUGAGCACCAUGGAGUAA